AUGGCCAACAAUCAAAACAAUAGCAACAGACAUGAAGCAGACAGGCCCAAGCACAACACAGCAGCACAAAAAUCAGCACAACACAGCAGCAACAAGCAUCAAGCCAAUAGGCCCAAGCUCAUAAAGCAGAACAAAAAUAGAAAUCCUUCACAAGUUAGGAAGUGGAUCCAUAGCAAGCCAUUUGCAAAAGAGCAACAGACAUCAAGUAGACAGGCCCAAGCACAACACAGUAGCACAGAAAACAGUACAACACUGCAACAACAAGCAUCGAGCAGACAGGCUCAAGCACAUAAAUCAAAACCAAAAAUACAAAACAGAGAUCCUUCUCAAGUUAGGAAUUCUUAG